CGCUGAAACAUAUUUUGUGAAAAACUGUCCGUAAUGGCUCAAUUAAAAGUUCUGCAGAUAUUUACUUUCAUAUGCGUGUGGGUGCUCUAUGGAGCAACGUACCUGGUCCGCAAACCGCUAGGAGCAUUAAAAGUGGGAAUGAAGGAAGAUCUAGGGUUCAGCCAGGUACAGCUUGGCUGCCUUGAUACAGCAAUGUUGUUGCCAUACUCUCUGGCGCAGAUGGUACUUGGUUCAGCUGCCGAUCGCAUGGGACCUCGUCAUACCGUGACCAUAUGCCUUGGCAUUGCUGGAAUAAGUAUGUUUUCGUUUGGAUCGUGGGAUCAUUUUGGGAUCCUUUUGAUAUUGAUCUUCAUUAAUGGAGCUGCUCAGGGUCCGAUAUGGCCCGCUUGUUGUAAGUGCGUAUCAGCUUGGUUUUCCGAUGACAAACUUAAUUCUGUGUUUGGUUUUAUAAAUACAUCUGCAUAUGGUGGAAGCAUAAUUGCUUCAGGACUCGCAGGAUAUCUUUAUAGUGAAUACGGCUGGCGCUUUGUUUAUUGCCCCUUGUCUGUGGUGGUAAUGAUGUUGGCUGUAGUAGCAUGGUUGAUGUUAAAAAUGCCCAAAGAUUAUAAAAUUAUAAUACCAGGCAAAGAGCCGGUAGAAGAAAAGACAGCCUCGUCGAACAAGGUGAAUUCAUUUCUUGCAUUAUGGCGUUUGCCCAUGGUAUUGGAAUUGGCAGUAGCGAUGUUGUGUAACAAGGUGGUCCGCUAUUUUAUCUAUCUGUGGUUUCCUGUUUAUUUGAUGAAGGAACUAAAUUACUCGGCAGCCAAUACAGGAUUGCUGGUGUCCUUUUUUGAUGUUGGUGGCAUUUUAGGUAGCGUGUUCCUCGGAAUUGCAGCCGAUCGUUACAAUUCCCUUGUGCUUGCAUUACUUGCCACUGUUGCUGGAACAGCUGGUUUCCUCCUCUUCAUGUUUACUGCUGUAUGGGGAAUGGCUUAUAAUUCUGUCAUGCUAAGCGUAGGUGGCGCUUGUGUGUGUGGAUUAGACGCACUCCUUGGUGGCUCUGUCGCAGUGAAAAUUGGUGAGAAGGAUGGUGGUAAUGUAGGCGCAGCAGUCGCUGGUCUUAUAAAUGGCUUUGGCAGCAUGGGAGCUGUAAUCCAAGGCCCACUGAUAGGAUUCAUGUCAGAUAUGUAUGGCUGGAAUUCCGUAUUCCUCCUUGUUGUAAGUUUACUAUCAGUUAGUUCCUUCUUAAUUUUGAAAGCAAUGUAUAUACAAAGGAGACAAAUGGUUGUCAACAACUUGAUGCAUUUAGAAGAUGGUAUUACGGUACAUUGAAUUUAUAUACGUAGGGCAGUCAAAAAGUU